AUGGUUGUUUUCAUUAUCACAGGGAUAGGCGAGACUGAGGAGACCAUAACUAUUUAUGUGCCUGCAGCUAUUUUCCCUAUCUCAAAUCCUCACGAAUCCCCGAGUUCAAUUCCAUAUAUAGACUCCAUAGGGCAUCGAGAUGACAUCUCUAUUCGAGCUUGGCUCAUGACCAGAGCUUCACCUCUUGAAAACACGAACCCUUCAAAGACCUGGAUCGUGCGAGUGACGCGAUAUGAUCCAUCUGACUCACAAAAACAGAGCUUUUGA